GUGACGUCAUGUAAACAGGAAGUGUGUAGACGCAAAGGCGGCGAGUUUAACUUUGCUGAGCUCAACGACGACAGCAAAUGUAGUCGUAAAUUCACACCGUGUUGGUUCAACAUAUUUAAAUGCACAUAUUAGUGACGUUUUGGAUUGUCGUAGCAGUUCUGACUGCUGUCUGUGGAAAUGUUAGGAAUAAUUUAACCGCUGUCGGCCCGGGAGGCUUCUGGCUGGUAGCUACAUUUCGGCUUGGCUAGGCUACUCGCUGACUGCCCUGACGACUGGGAAUGUUUUCACUUAUUACCUUGCAGUUUUUUGCACAGUUCGUGGAGUUUGACAGCCGUGGGUUGUUAUUCCACUUAGCUGAGUUGAUAUCGGACAGUUCGACAGAUUGAACAAGCCAAAUACUGUCACUAUGGGAGACAAGGAGCUCGCCCUUAUUGACAAGCAGUUAACAAGUUUGCAAGAUCUUCCCCUGAGUCCUGCUGUCAUAUCACUUAAUCUGCAAUGCAAUCGCAUCCCAAGGAUCGAGGGUCUGUCAUCUGCUUGGCAUCUGCGCCACUUAGACCUUUCUUCCAAUUGCAUUUCUAAGAUUGAGGGUCUGAGUUCCCUCACCUCCCUCAGGACUCUGAAUUUAUCAUCCAACGUAAUCACAAAGGUUGAAGGAUUGAAUGGCCUUGUAAACUUGACAAAAUUAAACUUGUCCCACAAUCAGAUCAAUAACCUCACUGGUCUGCUGUAUCUUCAUGGCACUGAGUACAAACUGAAGCACCUCAGUCUACAUGGCAACCUCAUAGACAACAUUGAUCAUCUCCUGCAGUGCCUGCUGGGGUUACAAGGUUUACGUAGUAUCACCUUAAACCAGGAUGGUGGCAACAACCCUAUGUGCAGUGCACCAGGAUACUGGGAAAUUGUUAUGGAGUCACUGCCACAGAUUUCUGUCCUGGAUGGCCUGGAUCGGCUGAGACAUCCUUCAUCUCCAGGUAUAAGCAGCCUCUGUGACAUCCCUGGCCUGGAGGACUAUGUGGACUUUCUGCUUUCCUCUGAUACAAGCCACAGUGAGGCGGUUAAGGGAGUUGUCACCACGCCACACGUUGACAAGGUCCUUACCCAGUUUCGACAGCAGAUCGCCUCGGAAAAAACAACAGAUCCAGGUACACAGCCCAUCUGUCAGAGCUCUCAGCCAGUCUGUCCCACUGCACCUGAUCCACCUGACCCCAUCAAUGAGGAGCGCAUCAGGAAACUGGAGCACCAGGUGUCACAGCUCAUCCAGCAGGCCCCUACAGGUGAAAAAGCAAGUAUCUCUACUCAUGCUGGGGUGAAGUUACGGAAACCCAAGAGGGAUACCGACCGGACAUCAGAAAGUGAAUGUGACAGCGGGAAAGAAAACAAAAAACGCACAAGAAUUCCCAAAUUUAAUAACACAAUGACAACAAGCACGACUACCCAGGAGACAAAGAGCACCAGAUCAGACAGUGACCAGGAGAAUCAUAAACUGAGGAUGUCAAAGUGUGCUGUGGGGCUCAGGAGGAAGGCUACUGGACCAGGAGGUGGACAGUCUAUAUCACAAACCAGGAAGGGAUCUUUGAGAGCAGCUAAGACCUCAGGCAGUCUUCCAGCCAAGUCUCUUCAAGAAGAAGAAACCUACAGGACAAUUGUGGAGGAGCGCGAUCAGGAAAGGGAGAGGCGUUGGAAGGCAGAACAAGCUGUGCGGAAGCUGACAGAGGAGCUGAAGUGCCUGCAGACUAAAGUCAGCGACGAAAAAGAUCUUCAGAGCAUGGCUCUGCACACUACAGACAGACUGAAGGAGCUGCUGCUGAAAGAGAGAUCAGGACGCUCCGAGCUGCAGGCUCGCGUUGAGGAGCUUGAGACGAGGUGUCAGUCUCUAACCCAGCAGGUGGAGCAGGCCCGGAGCAGCGAAGAACAACACAGGGCUGCGCUGCGAAGGCUGGAGGAAACCGUCUCCCAUGGAGACGCUCUCAGGGCUUGCCAGCAGGCUGAAGAGAUGAAACGUCACCAGGAGCUGGAGAACAAGGCAGCAGCUCUGAGGAGAGAGCUGGACAUCCAGAGAGUCUCAGUUCGACAGCACAAAGACAAAAUCCAGCAGCUACAUGAACUGUUGGCAUCCAGAGAGCAGGAGCACAGAAAACAGCUGGAGCUGCGGUUACAGCCCGGCGGGGCAGAUUUCCAGCAGGCAGUGUCAAAGGAAGUAGCAGCAGUGGAACAGAGACAUAAGCAGAGGGAGGCGGAGCUGCAGGAGAAGCUGUCAGAGGGAAGGAAACAGUACGCUGCUCUUGAGGAUGAGUUCCGCAUGGCGCUAACCAUUGAGGCGACCCGCUUCUCUGAGGUGAAAGAUGCUUGUGAUCAUAUGACUGCAGAGCUGAUGGAGCUUAAGGCGACCCUUGCUCAGUCCCAGCAAAGAGAGAGGAAAUCAGGCCCUCUGGUGCAGGAACUCACCGCUAUGGUCAAAGAACAGAAAACCCGAAUCUCUGGGCUCAUCAAAGCCAAGAAAGAUGCUGUCACUGAGCUCAAGAACCAUGUGCAUUCCCUUGAAGCAGAGGUGGAGCAAAGCCAGCGUUUAGGGCUGCAGCUCGAGAUGCUUAAGAAAGAAAAGGCACGACUCGUGUCUCAGCUCACGGCUCAGGAGUCGAUCAUUGAGGGCCUCAGGGCUGAGAGGAGGAUCUGGGGCCAGGAGCUCGCUCAGCAGGGUGCAUCAUUGGCUCAGGAUCGUGGCCGUUUGGAGGCCAGGAUAGAGGUGCUGACUGCUGAGCUGGAGACUCAGAGAAAACAGAACGACAGAGACCACGAUGCCCUUAGAAUCAAGACCAAGAUCAUGGAUGACCAGACUGAGACCAUUCGCAAACUGAAAGAGUCCUUGCAGGAACGUGACAAUCUGAUCCGCAGCAUGAAGGAGGACGCUGUGCAGACCCAAAAAAAGUUUCAGCAGCAGCUGGAGGAUGAAACAGGCCAGCAGGCUGAGCUGAAGGACCAGCUGGCACAUCUUAGCCUGCGUAAAGAGGAGCUGAAACAGCAGCUGGAAGACAAGGAAGCAGAGCUUGAGGAUGUCAAAAGGGUUUAUAGUGACUCAAAUAAGAAGUGGCAGGAGAAAGCAGACCUGCUAACUCGACUUGAAAGCCAAGUGAAGCGUAUGAAGGAAAAUUUUGACUCCAAGGAGCGCCUGCUGCUGGAAGAAAGAGACAAAGCAUCAGAAGCACACAAAGCUGCAGUUGAGAAGUUGCGCUGUGUGGAUGAUGCUUUCCGUCGACAACUGGAGUCUGUCCAGGCUGCGCAUCAAGCUGAGCUGCUGCAGCAGGCUAAUGAAAAGGAAAAACGCAUAGAACAGGCCAAUUUAAAGGUAUAUGAGGUAGAGGAGGAGAUGCGUCAACUCCUGGAGGAGACGGAGGCUAACAAGAGAGUCAUGGAGGAAAAAAUGAAGCGCCUUACCAAUGUCCUAAAAGACUUUAACACAUAAAAUAUUGAUAUGACCACUUUUUAUUCUAAAUUUAUUUUUACAUGUAAAUGUUUUUGUAUAUUUUAAUAAAGUCUUCAUUGUCUUUUA